GUAGACUGGAAAAAAACACUUUUUUCGAUCUAAAAACCUUAUUAUUUUUACAAAAUGGAGUCCAAAGCUAUGUCUCCAAAUAUAAGACUUAUUGAUGAAGAUGGUUCUGGUGAUGGUCAGCGCUAUGAGUGCGAUAGUAUGAGAGUCUGGUUGAAUUACCAAGGAGAAACGAUGCUUUACACUGGACAGCUCUUACUAAUCAAAGAUGAACUUAAGAAUGCUGCAAGAACAACACCAUGCCAUUACCUUCCAAGACGUCGUACCCAAACUCGCAGCAGCCCUAAGAAAGAUCAGAAAACAGCUGCUUGUUUGAAUAUAUUUUCUGCCUUGAAAGAUGCGGAUCUUCACUUCAAUUCAUCAAGCACAACUGGUACAUGUACAACCAGCAUUACAACAAUUGCCAGUGCAGCUGAGGGAACUUCAUCGAGUACGACAGACAGUUCGACCACAACCUGGACGUUUUCUAAGACUUCAGCACCCAAAACUCAAAGCACAAAGAGUCUCCCGUCAUUCAAUUUAAGCACUACACCGUCUGCUUUUUCCAAGCCGUUCAAGCCGGGAACUUCAACGAGCACGACAGACAGUUCUACCACAACCUCGACGUUUUCUAAAACUUCAGCACCCAAAACUCAAAGCACAAAGAGUCUCCCGUCAUUCAACUUAAGCACUACAUCGUCUGCAUUUUCCAAGCCUUUCAAAAAUGUUCUUGUUGGGGGUAAUGGCGCUGGUAAGUCGUCCUCGACAGAGAUCCCAUUUGCAUCUACAACUAUCCAGAAAAAUGGGCCCAAAACUUCACCAGAUGCAAAAUCAGCUACGUCUUUUGGACUGCUCAACAAUGCUUUGCCUGUCAUAGGUAAUAUUUGGAAUACUGGUUCCCAGAAGAAGACUGAUAAUUCUUCGCCUUUAUCAUUUUGGGAGGCACAAGACCAGCCAGAGGCCGCCGCUAAAGAGAGAGUUCCUAAAGAUAAUGUUGGAGCUUAUUCUAAGUUGCCAUUUCCUUCAAGUCUAGAGGACAAUCAUGAUUUAAACGUAAAAAGUGGUCAGGAAAAUGACAGGAAAAAUGUCACCACGAUGAAAAAAGUGAGAGAAUUCGAAAAGGAUGAAGGAGAUAAUCAUACUAGACGUGGUAAAGCGAGGCGGGAGGCUCGAAAAAAAGAGAAUUCGAAUUCUUUACCGAAAGAACUCCUAGAAGCACAGUUAAAGUGCUUUCAGAUCCAGCACUCGUUGUACGUCAUUCUGGUCACAAAGCUGCGCAGCAAAGAAUCAAAGUCAGAGCUGCUUCACGCAUCCAACCAGUUGUCAAGCGAUGCAGAAUCUGACGAUCUCCAAUCAUUGUUGCUUCCUCUUGAAACAUUAUUGAGGUGUUCAGAUAUACAGUUAGGACUCCAUCACAGCUUGGAUGUGGCUUUGGAUAGCGAGGCAGGUAGAUUAGAAGAAGAUGGACAAGACCCUGGAUACAGCUACAAAGAAAGUGUCGGCCAUAUGAUCUACGACAAGGAUGAGCUCCUGAUCGAAAGCCGUUCUCUCAUGAACCACACAAAGUUUGCACAGUCACUGGUCUGUCUUCACCUGUCCAAUCCCUACUCCUCAAACCURAGAUACGCAUGUGGCGAGGACCGUAUUUUUAGCUAUGAAUCGCUUUUUCAGACGUCUAACUUUUAUGUUCCGCACGGAGAGGGAAAGCUGGUUAGUCUUGAUGGGAAUUUGAUAUACGAAGGACAGUGGAAGAAAGGUAAGAGGUGGGGUCAUGGGAAGGCUUUCAUUUUCUCCGGACACGAACUGAGUGCCAGCAAAAAACAAUAUGGAAUUUACGAAGGACAAUGGUGGAAUAACAUGAGGCACGGUCACGGACGUCUAGUGUUCGCCUCGUGUACUGUGUACGAAGGUGAAUGGCAGUAUGACCUCAUGUCAGGAGUAGGUGCUAUGCAUUCACCAGACGGCUCGGUACUAGAGGGAUUAUGGGACGAGGAUGAACCUAGUGGGUGUGGCAUGUUCACGUGGCCUAAUGGCGCCGUGGAGUAUAGAGAAUACCAGAAUGGACAAGUUAUGAAAGUUUUAGGAUCAACAGAAGAAACAAAAAAGAUUUCUCCCUUGAACGAAGUCAUGAGAGAGUACAGCAUUCUGAGGCUGAAGUAUCAAACGCUGGAAGAAGAUAAAAAUAGAUUGGUACAGUCAGAACUGAAGAUGAAGGUGCAACAAACUGAAGCAGAAAACUCUAAGCGGGCAAUGCAGGCGAAGGUAAAAGAGAUGCGGGUUAAGUUUGCUGAACUUCUUCGGAAAUAUAAGAAAAAAGUUCUUGACAAAUACCAGGUGGAUUUGCAAGACAUGAAUGAAAGGCAUGACAAAAAGAUCAAAGAUCUUGAAGACAAAAUCAAUCAGAUCGAAACAGAACUCGAGGGAAAAAAAUCCGAUCUGUUGUGCCAGAUAUGUUUCGAGCGCUAUCGUGACUGCAUCUUGAUGCCCUGCUCACACCUGUUAUACUGUCAGACGUGUAUAGCCAAGCUACAUGCUGAUGGUAAGCCUGCCCGAUGUCCUGUCUGCCGAGGACCUAUCAAUAGUCAGAUCAAUUGUAAUCUUAACCAAUUAGAACAAGCCUGACAGUCACGUGGGUAGAGAUUUAGAAUACAGGUUAAUAUAGAGUAGAUUUUUUGGUAAGCUUGCCCGAUGUCCUGUCUGCCGAGGACCUAUCAAUAGUCCGGAUCAAUUGUAAUUUUAACCAAUUAGAACAAGUCUGACAGUCACGUGGGUAGAGAUUUAGUAUACAGGUGUAUAGGGUAGAUUUUGUAUGACUAUGAAACRCCACUGCGCACUAAACGUUCACGGUAGAAAUUGGAGAAUAAAACCAAUCACGAAGCGCGAGAACUGCAGCAACUGAUCUACCAACACUGAGCUAUCAUUGCACGGUAGCGGGCGUCCGCGCAGGUGUCUUAGAGAAUAUAAACAGCACUGCGCACUUCACAGUCUUGGUAGAAAUUGGAUUCUUGCAACCAAUCACAGCGCGUAAAAUUCACUGAAAAUCCACGGAACGUCGCGUCCGUAUCACGAGUUUUUCAGAAAGACAUAAUUUGCUCCAAAAACUCACCUUCGGCUGAGGCGUUCUUAGUGCGCGCCCUAUCUUGUCGUAGAGAAGAGGCGUUUGUUUUAUUGCUGGUCGCACAUUUCGGAUAGAUUCCGUCGAUUUAUUUUGGAAUGGAAGUGAUAUUCAUUUAGGCGAUGUUUACGACUUUUUAUGUGUUUUUCGUUCACUCAAUAAUGAUACACAUUCCACAUGGCCGUGGUAAAAGACUAUAAUAACAUUAACUUAAUACCUUCCCUCUUAGCUCCUGGCAAACAUAUAUGCAAUUUUAUUUUGCUUAGUUAAAAUCUGGCUUGUGUGAAAAUAAAAGUAUGUUCAGGUCA